UCUGUCAAAGCUGUGUAUCACCGACAGCUUCUCUCUUCUUUCCCCAUCUACCGAACCCUAACCCUAGAUUCGCCCUCGGAGCUUUCCGAUGGGUUGGUCGACUCGCUUCCUUACGGCCGUGGCGUUCCUAACGGUCGGCGUCGUCUUCGCUCCCGAUGUCUUCGGCUCGGGACCGGAAGCCCCCGCCGCUGCCGUCACCGCGGCCAAGCUCUGCCAUCUCCUAGCCUUCGCCACCGCCUGGGGCGCCUCCCUUUGGGUCACCUUUAUCGGUGGCAUUAUCAUGUUCAAGUAUUUGCCGAGGCACCAGUUCGGCAAUCUACAAGGCAAGAUGUUCCCCGCCUACUUCAAGAUGGUUUCUGUGUGUGCGGCGAUUUCGGUGGCUGCGUUUGCUUAUCUCCAUCCGUGGAGGUCGGCCUCAACAAUAGAGAAGUAUCAACUUGGUUUUCUCCUUUCUGCGCUUGGUUUUGACCUUUCCAACCUGAUUGUCUUCACCCCGAUGACUAUUGAGAUGAUGAAGAAGAGGCACAAAGUUGAGAGGGAUCUAAACAUUGGCGAUGAAGUCGGAGUGUCAAAGAACAUGGAAGCGGCAAAAACCAAUCCACAGCUCAAAUCCAUGAACAAGAAGUUCGGAAUGAUUCAUGGCUUGUCAUCACUAGCCAACAUCAUGGCCUUUGGCAGCCUGGCCAUCCAUUCAUGGUACUUGGCUGGCAAGCUCCAUUUCUGAACGAAAGAAAAUUCAAGGUUUCUAUCAAUGUAUUUUAGCUGUGUGUUUUAGCAUUUCCCUAUUCGUGCUGGCCCAAAACAUGGUUCAUGGCUUAUAUACUUCUGUUACAUUAAAAAAUGUUUGGGAAACUCAUCCCUUUAUGUUGCUUGUGCAAAAAUGUUACUCUAGGGUUUCAACUGAAUUCAGCUCAACAUAUUACGGAGCCCAACUGUAAGUUCAAAUUUUUGGUUUCUAAAAAGCUGCUUGAGAUAUAAAGUUCUGCUAUUACCUGAUAAA